CUCAAGACACCAGUACUUUCCACAAUCAAAAUGUAAACCAAAGUUUGAUAUAGUCGUCGGAUACGGUACAUUAUAAUGUGAUAGUACUCUGCGGUUGAGAAUUAAUUUUAAAAUUAACUUUUUUUUCUGUGGAUUUUGUAAACGCCUAAGAAGCCUAAACACACUUACACUCUUGAUUUAUCGCACUUGUUAUAUAACAACAGACUUACGGACCGUUUGUAGUGAAUGAGCGCGCACUCCAUACGUUCAGUUCUUAUCAAAACACCGACUGAGGUGGUUUUCGUUCCGUGGCUGUGCUUGUUUGUUGAAAAAUUAAUUUUUCUUUUUUCACUCACUUCAAACGAUUUAUUUCUGUUUUUUUGUUUAUUCGAAUUGGGAAGAAAAAAAACUUUUUUUUAAAUUUUCUCCACACAUUACUGGAUAUAUAAGUUAUCGACGAUCGUAAAAAUAAAACCAUGAAACCACCCACACUGGACGCGAUUGCAGUGGUUUUAGCUGAAUUGAUUGGCGUAGCUCUGGUCAUGUUUUUCGGCUGCAUGGGCUGCCUUCCUUUCGGCGAAACAACCAAUCAAUUGCAAACGGUGUUGAACUUUGGUUUCAUUAUCAUGACUAUGAUUCAAGUGUUCGGAUUCAUAUCUGGCGCCUAUUUAAAUCCAUCAGUUACGAUAGCAGCGGUUAUAUACAAGAAGCUAAGCAUUCAGAUGGCAGGCUUCUAUUUCAUAGCUCAAUUGAUCGGAGGUUUCAUUGGCAUGGGGAUGCUGAAAAUUGUUGUUCCUACCCAUUUAUUCGAUGGCAAUAAAACGACGGACGCUGGAUUCUGUAUGACAAUACCACAUUCAGAUUUAUCAGAUAUGCAAGCACUGGUAAUUGAAUUUUUUGCGACGACUGUGUUAGUGUUUAUCAAUUUGGCCAUUUGGGAUCAUCGCAAUGAGAAAUACCAAGAUUCAGCUCCAUUAAAAUUUGGUUUUGCUGUUUUUACAUUAGGCUCCACUGCUGGCCCACUAACAGGAGCAAGCAUGAAUCCGGCUCGAUCAUUCGGUCCUGCCUAUUGGAGCGGUAAUUUUAAGCAACACUGGAUUUACUGGGUGGCACCGUUGAGCUCGGCCGUCAUCUCGACGUAUGUAUAUCGAGCCAUGUUUUGGCGCAAGAAAGACAAAGCUUAUAUUUCGUGCAAAGAACAUCAGUUAAGAGUGCCACUACGGCAGCCAGCUACCGACGAAUGUCUGAGUUGUUCCAAAACGCAUUGCGAAACAUAAUAAUAAUUUUUUUAUUUUUUGUAAUUUUUAAUUAUCAUUUUUUUCUCGUCUUCUUCGUCUUCUUCAUUUUCAUCUUUUUUUUUAAAAAACACUUAUAAAGUACACAUAUACAGCUACUACUUAAUGCAAUUGAAAAUAUUCUUGUUUUAUAAGCCUAGAUUUUUAUGAACUUAAAAAUUGAUUUACAAAUUCGUCAUACAGUCUCUCGCACUUAACCAAAAAUUAACUGAGCUAAGCUUUUCGAUUUGCAUUUAAAAAAUCAUUCACAAGCAUUAUACAUACAUCUAUAUAUAUAUAUAAAGUCUCACUGAUACAAUAUUUCUUCUAUUUUAACUCACAUUCGAGCUCUCACAUCAGUCCAAAUCGAAAUAUAGAAUUUAA